ACUCUAUGUGCUCUGCCUCCGCUUCCUCAGUUUUCGUAAAAAAAAAUGCGUGUGUCGCACUGUUCAUGAUAAUGAGAAUAGAGCGAGUUUUGUUGUUCGAUUGAAGCAAUUUUGUGGAUGCCAAACACAAAUAUAGAGUUCAGUUGGAGAUGGCCUUUACAAGAGUCAACGGUUGUCAUUAUAAAAGUCAUCAAACAAAGCAAUCACCUUCACAAAAAAAUUAUUUUGUGCAGACUUUAAUGACGUCCGAUAAUCAAUCAGAAUGCGCCACGUUAUUUUUUUUAUUUUUAUUGUUUGCUAAAUAUAAUUAAAAACCCCCACUCGAUCGUGCACAAAAUAAUCUCCACUUUCACGAGAGAUUAUUGGAUUCGGACACCGGAUGACAUUUGGAGUCCAAUAAAAAUGUGUCACAUCACCUCUUACUCUGAGCUCUAAAAUAUCGAAUUUAGUAUUACUUGAUACUCUUAAGUACCGAACAUUAACCUAUAAUCUCUCCCACUUUUACGGUUUCUUUUCAAAUAUCCUCAUCGUCUUCCCACUCGACGACCAUUCACACAUGCCUUUUCAUUAAUCCUCACCUUUGCUAUUUCCACUCCAUAGCUUCGCCAUGGACAGACUGGUGAAGGUGGAGGCGACCGAGCUGGAGCUCAAUUUCCGGCCACUAGAGCGGUGCUCGGCGGCCAUCAAAGUCACCAGCCUUAUUCACACGAUGCCGGUCGCCGUCAAACUCACGACGACCCGUCCUACGGUUUACUCCUUUUCGCCGGACUUCGUCGCCCUUCUCCAGCCUCUCUCUUCUGCUGUCUUCACCCUCGUCCUUCUUCCCACUGCUUCGCCGCCCUUCGCUGCCCCGCCGGACUUCGUUCUUGUUUCCACUCUCCUCGCCCCCGCUCUCCGCCGCGCUAAUUCUGCUUCACUCCGCCGCUUCUUCUCGCAGCCCGCUCUCCCCAUCUUCCGCGACGGCUCCCUUCCUGUCCAUCUCAUUGGCCCUCACGCGCUCCGAUCACUCCUCCUUGAUUCCGGUUUCUUGCAAGACAUGCUUCUCCCACGCAUCAUCAAGUCCUGUUCUUUACCUGAGCUCUCCGCCGCCCUUCCCUUCGCGAACGGGAACGCUAUAUCCGCUCUACUUGACGCCGGAGCUGACCCCAACGCCGUCGACGAAGGCGGGAAGUCCGUCAUAUCGCUCGCAGUCUCCGCCGGAAGCGCGGACGCCGUGGAGGCCUUACUCGAAGCCGGCGCUUCCGAUCGUCCAUUCCACGAGGCCGCCGGAGAGAACCGGACGGAUCUCAUGGCCGUCCUCCUCGCCUGGUCCGGAUCUGAUCCGUGGUUCGACCGGGUCGACGCCUAUGGCCGGACGCCUGUCCACUGCGCGGCGGAGAGAGGGGCCCUCGACGCCCUCCACCUCUCUCUCACCUCCGGCGGCGAUCCCCACCGGACGGAUUCGAGCGGGCGGACUCCACUCCACUACUCCGCCGCAGGCGGACACUUUAACGCCGCUGAGCUUAUCAUGAAUUCCUCUGAUUUUGACCUAAGGCGCACUCUGACAAGAGAAGGAAAGGGGAGAAGGAAGAGGACGCCAUUUGAUCUGGCGGUGGAGAAAGGGCACGCUCAUCUGUACGAUCUUCUCCGGCCAGGAGGUGAGGUGAUCCGAGCGGCGCGGUGUGGCAGCCCUGAGGAUACGGCGGCGGCGGCGGCGGCGGGUAAGGCGGCGGAGAGAGACCAGAACGGUUGGACGGCACUACACGUGGCAGCUUUAAAGGGCCGAGCGGAGAUCGUGAGGGAGUUGAUUAACGGCGGGGCUGAGCUGGAGGCGGUGGAUGAUUCCGGCUACACUCCGUUGCGGUGCGCCGUGGAAGCCGGACACACCGAGGUGGCGCUCUUGCUUGUCCGCAACGGUGCCCGCGCUGGGCUCAAGGGCCUUGUCAAAUCCAAAUAUGCCGCCGCCACCGCCUCCUCCAUCUGCGGCGGCCAUAAACCAGUGUGGGAGUCCUGUGCGGCGGCGGUUUCUUCUGCCAUUCUCAAGUAUGAAAAUCAUUUUAGUUUCAAAAAACAGAGCUUUGGAUCUGACAAUUUUGUACAUGAAUUGAAAGGGAGGAUUUUCGAUUUGAAGUUUGAUAACUGAAAAAAAAAAAGAUUUUUUUUUUAUUUAUGUAUAAAAGAUGAGAGGAGGAAUCACACCCAAUGUUAGAUUGUAUCGAUGACUAUAAGGUGUUUUAGAUGAACUAAAAUCACUUAAAGCACUUCAUUUUAAGAAAA